AUCUGUCAAGAUGACAUAGUUAAAUUAUGAGCAAGUUCUUGAUGGAAAUGAUUACAUAAUAAUCACACCCAAGGAGUGAGAUUUGGCGAACAAUUGCUAUUUUAUCAACAGUCGCGAUUCGACAGUUUAUGCGAUCGCUGCUCAGAUUAUAAAUUUAAAAGAUAAGCCGUAAUUUACAAGAAGCUUGACGAUGGGACCUAAUACGUUAGCUGUGAAUGCAACGUUCCUACUAUCAGGAAUGUUAGGCUUGCAAAUUGCGUUGCCGGAAGGAUUUAAUAGCAGUGAUGGAAAGUCGGUCGAGGCAUCCAUCCCGUUUUCUAUCGCUCCAGAAGUCAGUGUCGAAUAUUUGCAGAAUAACACGGAAAGAACUGGAAAAUCCAUGAUUGCGAAUACUGAUCAAAAUAAUUGUGGUUCGUCGACAUGCAAAAAUAACGAGAAAUGCGUAUCCUGGCAAAACCAAAAUGACACGCGUGGAGCCAACAUAGCGAACGAGUGUAUGUUGGAUGAUGGACGCUACUCCACCAAAGCUAAUCCAAACUCGAUGAAAUUGUGCGGACCUGGAGAAACACAUUCCUUGAUUAUCACAGAACCCAGGUUAUGUUUGAGUGAUAACCCACCUUGUGAUAUCGUCUGGAAAUAUAAAUGUGUGACAGAAGAAGAUUCUCCGCAUAGUUGCGAAAUGAAAAAAUGCCCAGAAGAUUUCCUCUGCUUCGAAAUACUUCACUGCGAACGGUAUCCACCUUGCAUAUUUCACACGGAAUGUCAUCACAUUUCUGAAGCCGAUGUUUCCAAAGGAUAAGAAUUUAUGAUACUAAUAAAAUUCCAUAUUUGA